AUGUCGCUUCCGGAUAGAAAAGAUAAUCUUCACGAUACAUCCGACGAUGUGGUCAGUGAAAGUCUUCCAAUUGACCCCAAUAGUGGGCUUUCUCGGGGUCUACAAACUCGACAUCUGAGUAUGAUGGCACUUGCAGGAAUCAUUGGACCCGGUCUCCUAGUCGGUUCAGGUGGUGCAUUAGCAUCUGGCGGACCCGCUUCUCUCCUAGUCGGAUUCGGCGUGAUUGGUCUCAUCGCCUUCUCCAUUAUGCAAUCCCUCGGAGAACUCACCACUUUAUAUCCCGCCUCUGGUUCUUUCAUCUCAUUAACAUCGCGGUUUUUUGACCCUGCUUUUAGCGUUGCAGUCGGUUGGAAUUACUUCAUCAUCUGGGCUGCUGUUCUCGCAAAUGAAUACAAUACCCUCUCAUCCAUUUUUAUCUUCUGGAGCGAUAAAAUCCCUCUGUGGGGAUAUUUUCUCAUCUUCUGGUUUGUGUUUCUCGCUUUCCAGUUAUUAGGCGUAGCUGCUUUUGGAGAAGCAGAGUUUUGGCUUGCGCUCCUGAAACUUGGAGGUCUGGUUGCUUUCUUUAUCUUUUCGAUUAUUUAUGCGGCGGGAGGUCUUCGCGGACAAGAUCACACUCUCGGAUUUCGAUACUGGCAUGAUCCGGGUGCUUUUGCAGAUGGCUUUCGAGGGGUAGCUAAAGUUUUCGUUUUCUGCUCGACGUUUUACGCAGGUUGUGAAUCUAUCGCUGUUGCAGCGGCUGAGACCCGCAAUCCUAAACAUGCGGUUCCAUUGGCAAUUCGACAGGUUUUCUGGCGUAUCAUCUUUAUCUACAUGGGCUCGGCUCUCUUUUUCGGAAUGACUUGUCCAUGGAAUGCACAGGGUUUAGCAAGUGCCGGAUCCAAGGCCUUGAGAAGUCCCAUGACUGUUGCGAUUCAAAAUGCUGGAUGGGAAGGGGGAGUACAUUUAGUAAACGCGUUUAUUUUAGCUACUUGUUUGAGUGCUGUGAAUAGUUCCAUCUAUAUCGGAUCGAGAACUAUUCUAUUCCUAGCACAGGAAGGACAUGCGCCGAAAUUUCUAAGGUUUACCGAUAAGAGAGGUGUACCCAUCUACGCCAUCGUAUUUACGAAUCUCUUCGGCGCAUUAAGUAUGAUGAAUGUUUCAUCCGGCGCAGGAGCCGCAUAUACAUACAUCGUUAAUCUCUCCGGCGUAUCGACAUUUCUCGUCUGGGGCUCCAUCUCAUUUAUCCAUAUCCGAUUCCGCUCAGCGUGGACCGCUCAAGGAAGAAGAAUACCCGAUUUACCAUUUAUUUCCUUCGCGUACCCAUAUAAUGCGUAUUUCGGAUUAGGGGCUAAUGCCUUUUUGGCAUUAGUACAGGGCUGGACAACUUUGAGUCCGUUUACUGCUGGGGAUUUCGUAGAUGCGUAUAUUUUGCUGGUACUUUUUCCGUUGAUUUGGUUCGGUUAUAAAGUAUGGUUUAAGACGCGGAUUUGGGAUUUGAGAGAGAUUGAUUUGGAUGAGGGGAGGAGAAAUGAUUUAGAUGUUAUUGUGGAGGGAGAGUUUGAGAGUUUGGGGGAUGGGGCUCAGAGUGUCUUGGUGAAGAAGGUGCCGUUGUGGAGAAGAAUUUUGAAGAAUAUUUAG